ACUAGUGAAGAGUCAACACUUACCCAAUAUGGUGCAACUAUCCACACGUGACAAUAAUAUCUAUCGAUAGCUGAUAAUGUUGUCGAUAAGUGUUUACCGCAUUAAAAUGUAAGAAUUCAGUGUAUGAGUACCUGGACACCAUUCCACCGGCUUUACGAUGUUGGAAAUUAUAUUGGGCAUCAUUUUGGGUGCCCUAAUUUACUACAGUCUGAUCAAACCCACCAGCUUUUGGGAAGAACGGGGUGUCACCCACGAACCGUCAUGGCCCAUUAUAGGAAACAUGGCACCAUUUGUUCUAAGAAAGCAACACUUUUCGGGAGUAACCACUGCCUUAUACAACAAAUUCCCCAACCACAGAUACAUCGGCUACCACCAGUUUACAACCCCUGCUCUUUUAGUCCGCGACUUGGAACUCAUCAAACAAAUCGGUGUCAAAGACUUCGACAACUUCCACGACCACAUGAGUUUUGCCACCAACGACAUCGACCCUCUACUAUCCAAAAGCCUUAUCAACCUUCUGGGUGAGCAAUGGAAGCAAAUGCGGGCCACACUAAGCCCCGCCUUCACCAGCAGCAAAAUGAGAACCAUGUUCCAUUUGAUGGCAGAAUGCGCCGAAAACUUCACCCACCACUUCAAAAACAAAGAAUUAGUAGACGUCGAAAUGAAAGACCUGUUUUCACGAUUUGCAAAUGACGUUAUUGCCACCAUAGCAUUCGGGAUACAAGUGAACAGCGUCGAGGACCCAAAACACGAAUUCUAUGUAAUGGGCAAUAAAAUAACCCAAUUCGACGCCAAGCAGGUUUUGAAGAUAUUUCUGUUCCAAACUGUGCCAAAACUAGCAAAAAUGUUGAAUAUUACGAUGCUGCGUCAAGACGUGGCUUCUUUCUUCCGGUCCCUCAUCAUGAACAACAUUGACAAACGGGUUAAAGACAACAUUGUUAGACCAGAUUUGAUCCAGCUGCUUCUGGAAGCACAGAAAGGGAAGCUCAAGCAUGAACAUACUGUUGAUGACGUGAAAGAGGGUUUUGCCACUGUGGAGGAGUCUGACAUUGGUAGAAACACCAAGCAGAUGGUACUAACAGACGAACACAUUGUUGCUCAAGCUCUUCUCUUUUUCUUUGCGGGGUUUGAAACGGUUUCUAAUGCGUCGAGUUUGAUGGCACACGAGUUGGCAGUGAACCCUGAUGUGCAGAAGAAGCUUCAGGAGGAAAUCGAUGACGUUAGACAACAGUAUGGGGCAAAAGUACCUUACGAAGCUCUGCUUUCCAUGAAGUACCUCGAUCAGGUUGUUUCUGAAACUCUAAGGUUGUGGCCCCCGGCUUUUCAGACUGAUAGAUGCUGUAAUAGGAAUUAUACCAUACAACCGAAGAAUCCAAAUGAGAGAGCACUCGUAGUUGAAAAAUAUAUGAUAACUAUAAUACCAAUCAUGGCGAUACAACGGGAUCCUGAGUACUAUCCAAAUCCUGAACGGUUUGACCCUGAAAGGUUCAACGAUGAAAAUAAAGCGAAGAUAGUGCCUGGUACUUAUAUGCCGUUUGGUAUAGGUCCCAGAAACUGCAUCGGUUCCAGGUUUGCUCUUCUAGAAAUCAAGACACUGUUUUUCCACUUGUUGUCAAAGUUUGAUUUGGUACCCACAGAGAAGACCGAAAUACCACUACGACUCAGUCCAAAGAAAGCUAAUAUGUCUCCCGAAAACGGGUUCCAUUUGGGUUUGAAACCUAGAAAAUUGUAGUCCCCGAGAGAAAUAAUAAUUAAUAAAAUAUAUCGCUUUUA